AUGUUGUUCGGGCUAGCGUAUAAGUGGCGCGUUUACCUUGCCGACGGCCUCAUUGGUUACAUUACCAUCGGUGUCAACAAGAGUGCCUCUGCUAUUUCCACGACUGGUGGUCAGGUCAAUGUCCAGGGUUACAUUCCUACCGUAUCCUUGACUAGUGGUGCCCAGGCUGCUGCAAAUACCAAUGACCUUGCUCAAGGCUACCGUGCCAAUGGUAUGAAGAGGGCUAUUUAA